AGAGUAACUGCGUGCGGCUCCACGGGAUGUGUUGACAAGACUCGAAUUCCGCCUUUCGGGUUUAUUGUAUUCUCUCUCAUUUGUAUUAGAGCAGCUUCUACCGUGUUUGCAGCGCCGUGGUGUAAUCUCAAAUACCUCCUGCUACCAGUAAUUAUUUGAUUUUUUUUUUCGUUGCCUGUGUCUCUGAGCCGUUGCUUAUCUAAGAUGAAGGCUGUUACUCCAGUCCACCCCCAGGACUCCUCCUCCAGCAGCAGCCAGCUCUCCCUGCACUAUCUGUCGAAGCAGAGCCUCAACAUCGCCCGGUGCAGGAUGGAAGAGGAGGACCUGUUCUGCCUGCAGUACGACAUGAACGACUGCUACAGCCGGCUGAAGCGCCUGGUGCCCACCAUUCCACAGGAUAAGAAAGUCAGCAAAGUGGAGAUCCUCCAGCAUGUCAUAGACUACAUCCUGGACCUGCAGCUGGCCCUGGAGACGCACCCUUCCCUCCAUAAACAACAGCGGACCGGGACCUGCCCUCCUCAAGCCUCCAACCCCAGCCGGACACCGCUGACGGUGCUCAACAUUGACCACCACCAGAGGACAUCAAUAGUCAAAAAGCCGGAGGACUCUAUUUUAUGCCGCUGAGAAAUAAGCACUGCAUUGGUGUGUAGGCUGCACAGAGCCGCUCCAAAGCCAGCAAAGCUUCGCCAGGGACUCACACCCAACUGGAGGCACAAUCACAAGGGGGAUUUCAAAACUGCUGGGAAGAAUUCAACCCAAAUCAAAUCACUAUCAGCUUUUUCCUUUCUCCCAUUGAACCAGGAGUCAGUGUGUAGACCCUCUCCCUCCUCCUGUUUAACUUCACUGCUUGUCACUUGAAAUUUCUCAAAUUAGAGCGAAAAUCCGGGAUCCCCACGCUGAGAAGUUUUUGUCAGAAACCUCUUCUAUCAACAGCUGUGAAACCUUUUUUUGUGAAUUGUGCUCAAAGAAAUACCUUAACUCCAGUUCAAAGCUUUACUAAACUGCGAAAAAUCAUUGUACAUGUUUUUUUGGGACAUCUAUUGUUUAAAAUAGAUGAUUUGUGUUGAACAGGGAUGUCAUCCCUGGAAUUAUGAAAAAAAACAUGUUUGAUAUUUGUAAAGAAGAACAAUUCUGAUUCGAGACAAUUAAGAAUGUACAUACAGAGGCGCAAAUGUUCUAUGAAAAGUAUGUGAAAGGAAGACUUAUAUGCUUAAAAUAGACUAUUGUAAUUAUAAGAUAUUUUUAUUAAAAACCUUUUUUUGUCGUUAUGUAAAUAUUGUGUUCCAACUUUUCAGUCUUUAGUGAAUGGUUAUGCUCUGCCGAUAAUGUCCUCACAUGAUGAUAUCAGUUAACUCUUUGCAGUGUUUUUGGACUAGUUAAAUAUGUAGCAUGUCAGGCUCAUUGCAGAGAUAUUGAAUGUGCACUGAAGCAGCCCUCCCUGUGUAGAUAUGUGGUGGAGUUCAACACAAGUUCUUUUAUGAUUUGCCCUGCUCUGCUUUGAAUUGUUUUGUACUCAUUAACUUUGACAACCAUGACCCGCUUGGAGCAAUGGGUCAUCCUGCUGUUUGAUUUUCUUUUUUUUUUUUUUUAAAGAAAAAAGAAAGGCCUGAUUUAAUUCUGUUACAUUGCACUCUUGUUAAAAAAAUUAAAUCUUGAGCACUUUUUAGUGUUUACACCCUGAAAAAAAUCACUGCAAACACUGUCUCUGUCAUUUUUGCGCAGUCAGAGCUUCUCCUUGAGAAGUUAAUGAUUGACAACGUGAAACUUUGGUUAUGAAUUGAUGACAUAUGUGAACAUUAACAGACUCCUUUUUGGACAACAACCAAAUGUAUUCACACAAGCGAUGUCUUUAAUAUGAACAGAUUUCUCUGUCAGAGAAUCAGCAGCCAUUGUUAAUGUAAAGAGUAAAGAAAAAAAAAUAUUUUUCAUGACAUUCAACACCGAAUUUACCUCACCACCCUCCUGCCAGUGUGAGAGGGCACUUGUACAUUACUGUCAGCUGCACUGUUGGACUUGACCUUCACUGGCUUGUGAGGAGUUGUCAAAAACAAUUAAAGUUUCCAGGAAGAA